CUGGCCCUCCGGGAGUCUAGUCGGCGGGUGGCAUUUUCCUAAAUGCAGCCCUGUUCAGACGGAAAGUAAUCUCCGCACAAGUGUUCAGUCUCCGCGGGCAUCUGGAGCUCACACAACAUCCGAGAGCAUUCGGCGCGGCGUCUGUGUAGUGUUGUGUCUGUUGUCGUGUUUCCCAGAGUCGAUGAUGCGUGCGAGGAGACGUUCGUGAAACUCGAAAAUCGCAGUGAUUAUGGACCGCACUCUCGGAUCGAGCCCGAAUUGAGCCCGAAAAUGCGCUGCCGAGUGCCUUUGACUGUGUUUGUUCUGUGCGUUUUUGGACACGUUUCUGCUCAGGAGGCCGAAAUCACGCCGGCGAUCGGCCUGAAGGGGACGAGGUGCUAUGACAAGUUCAAUAAGGCUCAGAGGUGUAUACCUGAAUUCGAAAAUGCAGCUUUCAACGUUUUAAUGGAGGCAACGAACACGUGCGGGGACCAGGGCAAAACGGAAUAUUGCGUGCAGUCCGGGGUCACGGGGUUGAGGAAGUCCUGCGAAGUUUGUUAUCCUAAUGAUCACAGCGCGAGGUACCUCACGGAUUUUCACAACCAGGACCAGCCCACGUGGUGGCAGUCGGAGACCAUGUUCGAGGGGAUACAGUAUCCGAACCAGGUCAACCUCACGCUCAAGCUAGGGAAAGCGUUCGAUAUUACGUACGUGAGGUUGUGGUUUUACUCGCCCAGACCCGAGAGCUUUUCGAUUUUUAAGAAGACGUCCGAAAGUACGCAGUGGAUUCCGUACCAAUAUUACAGUGCCACAUGUCGCGACACCUACGGUCUCCCCGACAGCGAGCACACCACCCGAGGAGAAGAAACGCGGGCCCUCUGCACCUCGGAGUACUCGGACAUUUCGCCUCUACGUGGCGGAAACGUCGCCUUUUCCACACUGGAAGGCAGACCAUCGGCGUACAACUUUGAUGCCAGCCCCGAACUUCAGGAAUGGGUCACCGCCACCGACGUGAUGAUAACCCUCGACCGCCUCAACACCUUCGGUGAUGAAGUGUUCGGCGAUCAACAGGUGUUGCGCUCCUACUUCUACGCCAUCGCCGACGUGGCUGUCGGUGCAAGGUGCAAGUGCAACGGUCACGCUUCCGAAUGCAUCACUUCAACCGGAGUCGACGGCUCUCGGCGGAGGGUGUGUAAAUGUGAGCACAAUACGGCGGGGCCGGACUGCAACGAGUGUCUGCCGUUCUACAACGACGCCCCGUGGAAGCGGGCGACGGCGCGAGACGCGCACGAAUGCAAACAAUGCAACUGCAACGGGUUCUCUAAUAGAUGCUAUUAUGACGAAGAACUCUACCGACUGACCGGCCACGGAGGCCACUGCUUGGACUGCACCGCCAACCGCGACGGCCCCAACUGCGAGCGCUGCCGCGAAAAGUACUACAUGCGCGAAGACGGCUACUGCAUCGCCUGCGAAUGCAACGAGGUCGGCUCCAGGAGUCUCCAGUGCAACUCGGAGGGGAAGUGCCAGUGCAAGCCCGGGGUGACCGGGGACAAGUGCGACCGCUGCAACGUCAAUCACUACGACUUCUCGGUGGCGGGCUGCAAGAGCUGCGGCUGCCUGGAACAAGGUUCGGCGGACAACAACCCCAACUGUGAUCCCUACACCGGGACGUGCUACUGCAAAGAGAACGUGGAGGGCAAAAGGUGCAGGGAGUGCAAGCCUGGGUUCUUCAAUCUAGACCUGGAGAAUGAAUUCGGGUGCACGCCGUGCUUCUGCUACGGACACGCGUCGGAGUGUAUGCCGGCAAGAGGGUACUCGAAGCUGCAGACCGAGUCGGUCUUCUCCAAGAACUCGGAGAGGUGGAGGGCUGAAGAUGAGUACCGGAGGAGUGUGGACGUGGAGCACGUGCCCUUGUCGCACAGCAUCGGGGUUACGGCACCUGGGGAAGAAGCGGUGUACUUUUUGGCACCGGAGCGCUACCUAGGGGACCAGAGGGCUUCCUAUAACCAUUUGUUGCAGUUCAGGCUAAGGAUCGGGGACUACGAUAGGCCGAUCCCCACCGCCACAGACAUUAUCUUGGAAGGGGGCGGCGUUUCGGUCACUAACACCAUCUUUGCCCAACAGAACAAAAUUCCCAGUAAUGUGAUCCAAGACUACAGCUUCCGCCUCCACGAGCACCCCAACUACGGCUGGCAGCCCCGUCUCUCCGCCCGCGCCUUCAUGUCCAUCCUCACCAACCUGACCUCCAUCAAGGUCCGCGCCACCUACUCCCCCCGGGGCGUGGGCUUCCUCGACGACGUCAAGCUCGAGACCGCCGGCAGACUCGUCGCCGGCACUCCCGCCCUCUGGGUCGAGCAGUGCAGCUGCCCACCCGCUUACGUGGGCCAGUUCUGCGAAUCCUGCGCCCCCGGCUUCCGACACUCCCCGUCGCUCGGCGGGCCCUUCAUGCCUUGCGUCCCUUGCGACUGCAACAAGCACGCGGAAAUCUGCGACUCGGAGACGGGCAGAUGCAUCUGCAGACACAACACGGCGGGAGACAACUGCGAGCUGUGCGCUAGGGGGUACUACGGGAACGCGCUUGGAGGCACCCCGACGGACUGCCAGCCUUGCGGGUGCCCCAACGGAGGGGCGUGCAUCCAGGUGGACGAAGACAUCAUCAUGUGCACGGAGUGUCCUCUGGGGUACACGGGACACCGGUGCGACUCGUGCUCGGAUGGGUACUUCGGGGAUCCCACGGGAAGGUUUGGGAGUCCCGUUCCGUGUACCCAGUGCGACUGCAAUUUGAACAUUGAUACCAACGCCAUCGGGAAUUGUAAUACGACGACUGGGGAGUGCUUGAAGUGUGUACAUAAUACCGGGGGACCGAAGUGUGAGGAGUGUUUGCCAGGCUACUACGGAAACGCGUUGGCGCUCCCCAAGGGUGAUUGUCAACCUUGUCGGUGUGAUCCCGUGGGAACUGAAGCCAACGAAGGAGGGAUUCUUAGGUGUGAUAGGUUCACCGGGUCGUGUCAUUGCAAGCCGCACGUUAUUGGAAAAAACUGCGACCAGUGUGAAGAUGGGUACUACAACAUAAGGAGUGGUGAAGGGUGUCAUUCUUGCAACUGCGAUUCCAUCGGUUCCUUCAAUCAGACUUGUAAUGUCUACAUGGGUCAGUGCUUCUGCAGGCCAGGAGUCACAGGCUUGAGGUGCGACCAUUGCGAAGCCCGCAAGUACGGCUUCUCCUCCGAGGGCUGCAAAGAGUGCGAAUGCGACCGAAUCGGCUCCAGAGAUCUCCAGUGCGACGCUUCCGGUCAAUGCCCUUGCCUCGACAACGUCGAAGGGCGUCGGUGCGACCGCUGCAAAGAAAACAAGUACGACAGACAGCGCGGCUGCGUCGAUUGCCCCGAAUGCUACAACCUAGUGCAGGACGCCUCCAGACACCACCAGGAAAAGCUGGCCAAACUCGGGGACAUCCUAGACGAGAUUGAACGCAGACCUACCGUCAUCGACGACGACGAGUUUCCAGACGAACUCAAGAAACUCCAAGACAACAUUACGGUUUUCCACGACAAGGUUAAGAAUGCCACGGGUGAGAACAGCAUAAUCCAACAAGUGCAAGAUAUUCGCAACCGGGAGAAGGAAAUCGCGCGGACUUUGUCGGCAAUCGACGAAAACGUCUUUCUGGCGAACGAUAAAGCAGCAGCUGCUGAACAAAAUAUAGACAAUCUGGAUAUCUUGCUGGAGGAUUCGGAAGAUAGGUUGAACGAAGCGUUUGAGAAUUUGGAGAUUCAAGGGAAGAAAGCGCUGGAGGGUGCGUGGAAGAGGGCUCAAAUUGUGGGACAGCAGUCGGAUCGGAUGACCCAGAUCGCACACGAAGCUCGCGAAAUUGCUGAUAAGUUGGACCGGGAUGCAGAUACAUUGACCGAAAAGGCCAACGAUGCGAAGAAUAAAUCACGAGAGGCGUACGAAACGGCGAGGAAGGCCAUCACGAAGCAGAGUAACGUAGGUGAAGAAGAAAGAUUAAUUCGGGCGGAACUAGUAAACACGGAAAUCAAACUAAAUCGGACGAAAGAGUGGACCAAGGAGGUUAGCGACAAAGCAAAAGAAACCAAAAAAGACGCUCUAGCUUUGUUGAACGAAGUCAACAACUUAAUCAUCCCUGAAAUCGACAUACCCCACCUCAAAGAAAAAGCCAAGAACAUCCGACUAGAAGCACAACGAUUGAAAAACGAAACCGACAGAAUUAUAGCCGAGAACGAACAACUAGUUACCGAAAUCGAAGAGCAGCUGUUUGUGGGUCACGACCAGCUCGACAAAGGCAAAUCGCAGGAAGACGACACGAACGAACUGCUUCAAGAGAUUUACCUCUACAAAACUCAAGCAGAAGCUGCAGUCCGAAUGGGAAACGACAUCCUAAAUUCAACCAAAGAAACCUACAAGAUCCUCACACACUUCGACAAGCAAAUCCAAGAUAGCAGAUCCGAAGCCGAGAAAGCCCUCCAACAAAUCGACGACAUCCAAGAUAUUAUAGACGAAGCGUCCGACAAAGCGCUCCAAGCCAACAAGAUGCUCGCAGAAGCCAAAUACAACGCCGACCAAGCCCUAGUCAACGCCAAAAACGCCAGCGGCUUGGCCAAGAACGCGUCAAUCAACGCUGAAGGUCUUAAGAACGACGCCGACCUUCUGUAUCAGAACGCCACCAAGCUGAACGAAGAAGCCGAGUUGAUGGCGGGUCGCGUGGAAGCCACAGGGGGUGCCUUGAAGACGCUGCUACAAGAAACCAAAACUAACGAGACUUUGAUAAACCAUGCCAAAGAAAAAGUGGGACGCGCUGGUAAAGAGACUGAAGAUGUAUCGAAGAAAGUCAGCGAUUUGACGAAAGACGUGCAGAACAUUCUCACAGAGUUGGGGAAUUUGCCGCAGAUCGACGACGAAGAGCUGGAGAAGCUGGAGGUGGAGCUGAGGAAAGCCGAACGGAAGGUGAGCGAGGCGAAACUCGACGAGAAGCUGGCGGAUUUGAAGAACCAGCAGAAGUCGCAGACGGAUUUGAUCAACUUUUACAAGACGGAGAUCCAUCGGCUGCAGAAGGAGGUGGAGAAUGUGGAGCAGAUCGCCAAAGCGCUUCCGGAUGGCUGUUUCAAGCGAGUCGAACUUGAACCUUAAUCUUCUAAAUACUUAUUAUUCUCUCUUAGAUUAUCUUAGCGUAGUUUUUUCAUAGUUUUUAAUACCAAAGAUUCAAUCACAGUUAGUUAAGUUUAUUUUUAUUUAGUGUAUAAAAGGCAUUUGUAUGUUUUCUCUACUGCCAUAUUUUGUGUUCUUGAAAAAUGAGAAGUAUACUCAAUUGUUGUAAAUAUUGUGCAUAAUUGGGAACAAUAAAGACGAUUUUGAUA